AUGGCCAAACUUUGCCUCCCUUUGCUGGUAAUUUUCCUUUCCCUCUUCUCCCUUUCGAGGACAGUGGAGCCAGCCUUUUCCGGACAUACUGCUCGACGUUCUAGGGCCCGAGCCAACAUUGAAGCUGCAUGCCGGACCACCCGAUACCCAGACCUAUGCAUUCACUGCCUCUCCACCUACGUCAAACCCAACAUGACCAUCCAAAGCCCCCAGGAACUCGCUCAAGUCGCCUUGACGGCAAGCCUCUACCGUGCCCUAUAUGCAAGAGCCUUCGUGCUCAAGGUGGCAAGACAGAUCAACACAUUGAAGAGGGAAAACCAAGUUGUUCAUGAUUGCUUGCAGCAGAUAAAUGAUAGCGUGGAUCAACUCAGUGGAGCGAUCAAGGAACUACGUCGGUUGGAGAAAGAAUCUGUGGGCGACGACCUGUUUUGGCACAUAAGCAACGUCGAGACAUGGGUUGGCUCUGCUCUAACUGAUGCAAAUACUUGUGUGGAUGCGCUUCCGGGACCUAAUAUGAGCAAACUGAAGGCGACAAUUAAAGGGAAGGUGCUCAAUGUGGCUCAAACGACUAGUAAUGCACUGGCUUUGUUCCAUAGAUUUGCUAAAAGGUACAGAGCUGCAGGCAGUGCCACCAAGAAACCCUAAGAUCGAUUCUAAGCUAGCGAGCAUAGCUACAUAUAGUUAGUCCUUUUCAAAAGGAUGGAUCUGUUUUGUCUUUGUCUCGUGGGUUUAAUCUUUUUCAUUAUUUGUGUUAAUUACUUGUUGAUGUUUAUGUUUAUAUGUGUCUGUAUGAACAUGUGCACACAGUGAAGGGAUCAA